AUGGACUUUAGAAAGAUUGCGGACGAUGUAUAUGCGCUCGCCGCGUCGGAGGACUCUAUCGCGCCGCUCGUCAAGGAAGCCCUGGAGGUCAUCGAUGAGGGCUUGGACACCCAUGGGCAGGAUCGUAUUUCAAUCAGCUUCAACGGCGGCAAGGACUGCACUGUCCUGCUGUAUCUCUAUGCCGGUGCGCUCGCUAGGCGACUAGGACCGUCGGAGACUAUGAAGCCGAUACAUGGAAUAUACAUCGCUGUACCUUCACCCUUUCCUGUACUCGAAAAGUUCAUCGACGAUGCCGCCAAGUCCUAUAAUCUUGACCUCUUCCACUGCAAGCCGCCGGUCGAAACCAGCGUUACACUUCCAGAACAACUGGAACAGGCACCAACGAAGCCUAGGGCAGGCGGCGGGAUGCUACAGGCUCUAGAGAUCUACAAGCAAAAGUUUCCUGAAAUCAGUGCCAUCCUUAUCGGUACACGACGGGCAGAUCCUCAUGGUGCAAAGCUCUCCCACCGAAAUAUGACAGACGAAGGAUGGCCAUCUUAUGAGCGCAUUAAUCCGAUUAUCAACUGGUCAUACAGCGACGUAUGGAAGUUUUUGCGGCAACUGGAAGUACCGUAUUGCAGUUUGUACGAUGAAGGAUAUACAUCCCUUGGGUCCACCUAUAACACCUUCCCUAAUCCUGCUUUGCUUGUACCAGAAUCUGAGUUACUGACGUCGGAUUCUUCGACGCCACCAUCUACCGAUACUCCACCUCAACCAGAUGUCCUCCUGCCGCCAACUGCCCCAACGUCGGCACCACAUUCGCGUUCAGACAGUGUUAUAUCAAGUCCGUCAUCUUCAUUAAUAUCCACACCACGCUACCGGCCGGCUUUUGAGCUACUGGAGGGAAGCUUGGAGCGCGCUGGAAGGGGUUCAGCUAUUUCGAUCGGCGGCGCAUAG